AGGUAAUAUUGGUGCCUUUCAUGGGGAGAUUGGAAGUGUGGGAGUCAAUAGAGUAUUCAAAUUUUUAGGAAAAGUAAAUACAAAGGGAACUGAGGUGAAGAAUCUCAACCAGUUUGUGCAAUUCAGUCUCUAGUACAGAAAUGCAGCCCUUCUGAAGAUGUGGGGAGGGCUUGAUUUCAGGCUGCUCCUGACUGCCUUUCUGAGUUGGCUUUAUGUGUUCUUUGUUUUUGUUUUUGUUCUUUAAACAGGCUGGUUUGCUUGGUAAUCUGCUGAUAAAUACAAGACAGGAGCCUAAAUUGCUUAAGAUGUGUGGUGGUUGGGGUUUCUCUUUAAGAAGAUUUCCCAUUGUUCUAGGAAUUAAAAUGUUUUCCUCUUUGGCCCAAUUAAGUGUUAAUGGAGGGCCUCUAAUGAAAAAGCCUUUCUUUGAGGUCUAGAAGUGGAAAUGAUUUGUCCUGAAAGAACUUUCCUGACAGGCUGCUGAAGCUGAUUGCGAUCGCCCGAAGGCUCUUCAGAAGGUGGUCUGGACUCUCCAGAAUGCUGAGCCACACUUUAGAUUCAAACACUUCAGGCUUUAGGAACGAAGGCGACUCUGUGUUUUCAAAGACGGAACACAGCAUCAUUGCAGCUUACCUGAUUGUGGCAGGUAUAGUAAGCAUUCUCAGCAACAUAAUAGUUCUGGGCAUCUUCAUUAAGUACAAGGCACUGCGGACACCUACGAAUGCGGUGAUUAUUAACCUGGCUCUCACGGAUAUCGGGGUCAGUAGCAUCGGCUACCCCAUGUCUGCUGCUUCAGAUCUGCAUGGAAGCUGGAAAUUUGGAUAUACAGGCUGUCAGAUUUAUGCUGGAUUGAAUAUCUUUUUUGGAAUGGUAAGCAUUGGCUUGCUCACAGUUGUAGCUGUGGACCGGUACCUGACCAUCUGCUGCCCUGAUAUAGGAAGAAGAAUGACCACCAACACUUACCUCAGCAUGAUCCUGGGUGCCUGGAUCAAUGGCUUGUUUUGGGCUUCGAUGCCCAUCAUGGGGUGGGCUAGUUAUGCCCCAGAUCCUACUGGAGCCACCUGUACCAUAAACUGGCGGAAAAAUGAUACAUCUUUCGUGUCUUACACCAUGAUGGUCAUUGUGGUGAAUUUCAUUGUGCCUUUGACAGUGAUGUUUUACUGUUAUUACCAUGUCACUCAGUCCAUGAGAAUUUAUGCUGCCCGGAAUUGCACUGCAUACCUCAACCGAGACUGGGCCGACCAGGCAGAUGUAACAAAGAUGUCUGUGAUAAUGAUAUUGAUGUUUCUGUUGGCAUGGUCCCCUUAUUCCAUUGUGUGCUUAUGGGCUUGUUUUGGAGACCCCAAAAAGAUUCCUCCUUCAAUGGCCAUCAUAGCUCCACUGUUUGCAAAAUCCUCUACAUUCUACAACCCCUGUAUUUAUGUUGCUGCCAACAAGAAGUUUAGGAAGGCUGUGUUUGCCAUGUUUAAAUGCCAGCCUCACCAAGCAAUACCUGAGACAAGUUCUGUAGCAAUGGAUAUGCCUCAAAGCCCAUUGACUCCUGGAAGAGUCUGAAAUGCGAGAAAAGAAUAUGACAUCAAAUAUUGUACUUGUUUGGGUUUUUUUUGGCAGUACAUUGAUUUUGUUUUAAAUAUGAAUUCAUUUAGAUCAAGUGCGCACAGACACCAUUGCCUUAUUGACUGCAGUCUCCUCCCUCCCAGUCAGUACAGCUCCAUUGUGCAGGAGUUGCUGCAGAGCCUUCACUGUGUCCUCGAGGAGAAUUGAGUAGCUAAGGCUCCUUGGAUGAGUCCAGGCACACAAAGCUGCAGCCUCUCUUCUUUCUCUUUAGAAGGCACACAUUACAGUGUGUUGAUGACAUGUAACUUGGCUGAGUUUCCAUUAGACAAGAAAUGGCCUCUAGAAUAUUAGAGUAUUUUAAUAUUAGGAAAAGUUAAUAAGAGAUUGAUCAAAAUUACAAUCCUGAAUAAUUAAUUGCUGAAAUGAGUUGGUCAAUGUUUCCAGCUAUACAAAAACAUUUUAGUAUCUCUAAAGUUUGAAUGGAGAAUCAAUUAUUAAUUCAUAUUAUUUAAACAUAUUCAAACAUUAAAUACAGCUGCUUUCUAUCAUGCCAGUCUAUUGUUCAUAUAUGUUUUAUAGUAGUGUAACAUCUGUCGUUAUAUCUGUUAUAGUAGUAUAACAUCUGUCAUUAUAUCUGUUACAGUAGUGUAACAUCUGUCGUUAUAUCUGUUAUAGUAGUGUGGCUAGGACCAAUUCUGCCUGUUGGGUCUGCCCCAUCCAACAUGGCAGAGGUAUGUUCACUGCGUCUUUGAGCCAUGCUAACAUCCCUAGCUCUAGGGAUGCAGUGGGUCUGUGUCACCAUCAAACAACUUGUAGCACUCUGCUCGCAAACCCUAAGUGCUUAGUAGCUGGACCUUUCAGAAAGAUCCAGCAAGAACC